CAAAAGUUGACAAUUUUAGAGCGCGCUCAGUCGAAAAUCGUUGUUAAUCGAAGCUAAUGCUCAUCUAAAAUUAAGUAACAAUUUUUGUGCGAAUUUUUAUUAUUACGAACGAAAAAUAAUAAGCAAUAAUACAUACUUAUAUAAUUGUACAAGUAGAGUUUAAAAGAAAGAAAACAGACUUCCGAAACAAACAAAAAUGCCUUUCCAACCGAUUGAGGCCCCGAAAUGUCCGCGUUGCGGCAAAAGUGUCUACGCAGCCGAGGAGCGUCUAGCCGGUGGCUAUGUAUUCCACAAGAACUGCUUUAAGUGCAGCAUGUGCAACAAAUCUUUGGACUCGACCAACUGCACAGAGCACGAACGCGAGCUGUACUGCAAGACUUGCCACGGACGUAAAUAUGGGCCGAAGGGCUACGGUUUCGGUACCGGUGCGGGCACACUCUCCAUGGACAACGGUUCACAGUUUUUGCGCGAGAACGGCGAAGAGCCAUCGCUGCGGAAUGGAGCUCGUUUGGAGCCACGCGCCAUUGCGAGAGCACCCGAGGGUCAGGGUUGUCCCCGUUGCGGUGGCUUUGUGUAUGCGGCCGAGCAGAUGUUGGCCCGCGGUCGCAGCUGGCACAAGGAGUGCUUCAAGUGCGGCAGCUGUAACAAGGGUCUGGACUCGAUUUUGUGCUGCGAGGCGCCCGAUAAGAACAUCUACUGCAAGGGCUGCUAUGCGAAGAAGUUUGGACCCAAGGGUUAUGGCUAUGGCCAGGGUGGUGGCGCAUUGCAAUCGGAUUGCUAUGCACAUGACGAUGGCGCCCCCCAAAUACGCGCGGCCAUCGAUGUGGACAAGAUUCAGGCGCGCCCCGGCGAGGGUUGCCCCCGCUGUGGCGGCGUUGUCUAUGCCGCUGAGCAAAAGUUGUCGAAGGGUCGGGAGUGGCACAAGAAAUGCUUCAAUUGCCACGAUUGCCACAAGACGCUGGACUCGAUCAAUGCCAGCGAUGGUCCCGAUAAGGAUGUCUAUUGCAGAACCUGCUACGGCAAGAAAUGGGGACCCCAUGGCUAUGGCUUCGCCUGCGGCUCUGGUUUUCUGCAGACUGAUGGUCUGACCGAGGAUCAAAUUAGCGCCAAUCGUCCGUUCUACAAUCCCGACACCACAUCUAUUAAGGCACGUGAAGGUGAGGGCUGUCCCCGUUGCGGUGGCGCCGUAUUUGCGGCCGAACAGCAGCUCUCCAAGGGCAAGGUGUGGCACAAGAAGUGCUAUAACUGUGCCACCUGUCAUCGUCCCCUGGACUCGGUGCUGGCCUGCGAUGGACCCGAUGGCGAUAUUCAUUGCCGCGCCUGCUACGGCAAACUUUUUGGCCCCAAGGGCUUUGGCUAUGGUCAUGCCCCCACUCUGGUCUCCACCAGCGGCGAAUCGACCAUACAAUUCCCCGAUGGUCGUCCACUGAAUGGUCAGCGCACCUCCGGUGGUUGCCCGCGUUGCGGUUACGCUGUCUUUGCCGCCGAACAGAUGAUCAGCAAGAGCCGCAUCUGGCAUAAACGUUGCUUCUACUGCUCCGAUUGUCGCAAAUCGUUGGACUCGACAAAUCUGAACGACGGCCCUGACGGUGAUAUCUACUGCCGGGCAUGCUACGGACGCAACUUUGGACCCAAGGGCGUCGGCUAUGGUCUGGGCGCGGGCGCUUUGACAACGUUCUAAACUGUUUUGACUGUCUUGUCUAUGGAUCGUUCCGAUUUUUGUCGUCUAACUAUCUAUUGUCUACCUAUCUAACUAUCCAGAGCUAGCUAACUUAGUGUUUCGGUUUUUCCAACGAUUUUUGAUGAACGACACAGAAAUUGCACAAAUUUUUUAGGUUAUAUGAGAGAAUAAGCUUAAUGAAACAAAAAUACAAAAAUAAAAAAAAAAAUGCUAAAAAAAAAAUAAACAACUUUCGAAAGCUAUUGUAUUCAAACGAAAUUAACUAUCGAACGCUAACUAACGAUACAUUUUUUUGUAAAACGAUGACUGUGCGCAAUGCGACGUUGUCAACUUUUGUCACCAACUGUACGAUGGCAGUGUGGCACGCAGAAUGCUGAAAUGCAAAUGUAAAUGGGGCAAACAAUCUUUUUUUUUUUUGUAAUGCUCCCCACAGUCGUGUUUAUUGUCUUAUUUAUUUCCUAACCUAUGUUUGUUUUAUUUCUUUACAAACGAAAGCACAAGAAGAAGAUGAAGAAAUAAAUGUAUGUGCUAUGCUCCAAUAUAUAAAUGCAAGCAAAACUGAAGAAAAGAAUAACUGAAAAAAAACAUGCUAUAAAAAAUGAUAUUUUAUAUAUAUACUAUAUA